AUGGAUACAACUCUAAAGCGCCAUAAACACCUUCACAACCGUCCAUCACCAACUCGCCAUGGAACCCUAGCCAAUGUCGAUAACAAUGGCAAAGACAAAAUCAGUAAUUUGUCAGAAUCGAUUCUCUGUCACAUCCUCUCCAAACUCCCCAUCAUAUUCGCCGCCGGCACAACCAUCUUAUCCACCAAAUGGAACAACCUCUUUGCUUCAAUCCCCAAUCCCACCAUCAACAUUGACGAUUCUCUGCUCUUGAAUCCCCACAACAACACCACCAAUUCCAAUUUCAUCAAUUUCAUGAACCAUUUGUUCACAGUCACUCUCAAAGACGUCCCAACUAUUCACAAACUCCAUCUCCAGUGUCAUCACGACUAUGGCUAUUCCAACAUUGAUGAAUGGGUAUCUAUUGCUGGGCUUUCGUUGUUCUUCAAUGUGAAGAGCACUAAUGUGUCAAUUCCUGGUCUUUUUGACUCCACAACGCUUGUGGAUUUGUUGUUGAGCCAGCACUAUGAUUAUGUUGGAUUUGUCGAUGGAGAAUCGUUCGAGAGGGUUGUUGAUGGAUGCCCUGUUCUUAAAGAAUUGUCUUUGGAUGGUGUUGAAUUUGAGGAGAUUGAACUUCUUCGUAUCUCUUCGAAACUUCCUCAACCAAGCAAGUCCUUCCGCAAAUCCUACAUUGAACGGCAAGACCUCAUCCGACUUCUGGAACUACCCCAUCAAGGAGCGUAA